AUGACUGUGGAAACACAGAUGGGGACGACGGCAGAACCUAGCUCGAACGAUGGGUUCGAUCGACAAAUUGCUGCUGAAGGGCAGGGCAUGAGCAAACGCUUUUCGUUAUUGUCUCUUGGGGCUGUAUCUUUCAGUAUCACUUGCACGUGGGUUGGUGCCGGAGCCUCUGUUGGGAUCGGCCUGACCCAAAGCUCUGCAGCAACGCUAUGGUCUCUGCCAAUCGCUGGGGUGAUGACAUUGGUCUUGUCUUUGGGAAUGGCCGAGCUGUCCUCCGCGUAUCCUCUCGCUGGGGCCGGAUAUUUGUGGUCAUAUUUAGUUGCUAGCGACGAAUAUAAGCCAUUCGCCUCGUUCUUCAAUGGAUUCCUCAGCGUUAUCGGAUGGUGGCUUGCCGCGGGCUCUGUGGCGAACUUCAUCUCCGUAUUGAUUAUGGCAAUCGUUGUGGGAUGCCAUCCGGCAUUCGAGCCUCAGUCCUGGCAACAAUACCUGAUAUUUGUAUCCUUGCUCUGGCUCGCUGCAGCAGUUAACAUCCUCGGCAUCCGCUGGUUGCCUCAGUUCAACCAGCUGGUUUUCAGUCUCUCAGUCCUGACACUGUCAGCAACCACGAUCGCACUCUUCGUAUGUGGUAGACAAGACCAUGCAUCCACACACUUCUUAUUUGCGAAUUUUGAUAACGGUCAAAGUGGUUGGUCAAACCACGGUUUUUCCUUCCUCCUGGCUGCGGUCAACUCCAUCUAUGGCUUUCUGGGGACCGAUUGUGGUGCCCAUCUCUGUGAGGAGAUUGCGAAUCCGGCGAAACAUGUCCCCAGAGUUAUUGUGUACCCAUUGGUUAUGGGGAUUGCCACGGCAUUCCCUUUCUUGUGCUCGCUGCUCUAUUCGAUCAAGGAUCUUUCGGCUGUACUAAGUACUCCCACUGGUCUGCCAUUGCUGGAAAUAUUCGUUCAAGCAACAGGAUCGAAAUCGGCCGCUGUAUUACUUACCUCUGUCUUCACAUUCUGCAUGUUCGGGUGCUUGGUCGCCUGGGCGAUGUCUGGUGACGGGGCAUUGCCCGGGUCUCAUCUGUGGAGGAGGUUGCAUCCCCGUUUCAACAUGCCAGCCAAUUCAAUACUUCUCACAACAACAUUUGUGUCGCUGUACGGGUUGAUAUUCCUGGGUUCCACAACCGCGUUUGCUGCCAUGGUAAGCGCCACGAUCAUGUUUCUCCAAACCUCUUGCGCCAUGCCGCAGGCCAUUCUACUCUUCCGAGGCCGGAACAGAAUCUUGCCCAACCGCUUCUUCCAGCUUGGCAUUUUUGGCCCAGUUGUAAACGCAAUAGCGGUCGCCUGGGUGGUUCUCAUCGAUAUUCUGGCAUGCUUUCCAAUCAUCCGGCCAGUAGACCCUCAGAACAUGAAUUACAUGUCAGUAGUCAGUGCAGGAUUAGUCUCGAUGGUCCUGGUAUUCUGGUUUACUACUAAAAGGAGGAAAUUUAGAGGGCCUGAUGUGGACUUUGAGUUGAUGAACGCGAGACGACAAGCCGCGGUUCACGCAAAUGUGACGGAUACAAUCUUCGGAAGUUCUGACCAGGGCGAAACCAAGAUGUGA